AUGAAUGUGCAAGAGCAUGAGGCACUAAGGCUGAGUGAGUUUGUUGAAAAUCAAGUCAGGGAUGGUGAUGACAACAAGGAUGAACUUAAUGAAUCUUUGUGCGGCAAACCUCAGAGACUUGUGAAAUUUGGUCUGGUUGAUGAUGAUACUGAUACAAAUGCCAGGGGGGUUUUCGGAUAUAUAACUCUUAAAACCAAGGUUGGGACUUUCAAUGGGAUAACUACUAUGACCGGAAAGACUAAAGAUACAACUUCUGAGAUUGAUGGGAAGGCAAGGUAUCAGGUAGAUAAGGUAUUUAUAUUCGAUGACGAUGAUAAGGUUGAUGAACUAGUAUUGGAGAAGAAAAAGACUAAGAAGAACAAUGGUACAAAGCAAAUAGAGAAAAUAUCGGUCAACAUCCAAUUGGUAGAAGCACUACAGCAAAUUCUAGGUUAUGCCAAGUUCAUCAAGGAUUUGUUUGCAAAGAAGAGGACAAUUUCUUUUGAUCUAGUCGACAAUUUACAUCAUUGUAGCACCAUUGCUACAAGUUUAUUGGUGGAAAAGAAGGAAGAUCCAGGCACAUUCACCAUACCUUGCACCAUUGGUGCUUUUGAUUUCCCAAGGGCUCUAUGUGAUUUGGGAGCUAGCAUCGAUUUAAUACCACUAGCUAUCUACAGAUAA